AUGAAUACAUUCGACUCAUCGGCACCCCCGCCGACAGGCCCCUCCAGCUCUGCAGCAAUGCAAAACACACAGUCACACACCUCCAGUGCAGAAUCCUCCAUGUCGUCGUCCCUCGGCAGCAGCCGGUCCCACGCGAGCUCCUCCCGAAACCGUGCGUCACACGCAAACUCACUUCACACCUCAUCCCAAACCGAGUCCACCCCGAUCAACACACCCGACCCCUCCAGACGCAACUACCAAACAACAGAGCAAUCCGCCAGCUCCCAAAUCAAAGACGCACCCAAUAACGGACCGGCUAUAAACGAACCGCAACAGACGAAUCAAGAUGCGACUCCCGAGUCUAGGCAGUCCUGGUACGGCCAGUUCGCAGAUCGCUACGGUAGCAUCGAGCUCGAGAACAAGGGAAGCGUAGCACGCGAUCACCUCGCACUAGAGCGCACAUUUUUAGCGUGGAUGCGCACCUCGUUAGCCUUUGCUUCCAUCGGCAUCGCGGUGACACAGCUCUUUCGUCUCAACAGUGCUUCCUCAGACGCACAAUCCCACAACUUCGACUCGUCAUACAGUGCCCAGUCCGGCAUUCUUCCACCCGGAAUUAACCCAAGCUAUGAUUCGGCCGCAUUCCAUACAUCCUCUGCUUCGGCGCGUCUCCGCAGUGUAGGCAAGCCCCUCGGCUCGACGUUCAUUGGUGUUUCCAUUCUCAUUCUGAUAGUCGGCUUUCAUCGCUAUUUCGAGAGCCAGUAUUGGAUUAUUCGCGGCAAGUUCCCUGCUAGUCGGGGUAGUGUCGCUCUUACGGCCUUUGUGGCUGCUGCGCUAAUCGUCGCUGCUCUCGCGGUCAUUUUGGCCGUUUCGCCCGGCGCUGUUGAGGGCUAG